AAUGCCCCAAAGACAAGCUACACCAUCAUCGUCAUCAUCAUCAUCAUCGUUACCAUCAUCAUCAAACAUCAGGACAGGUGUGUUGUUAGUGAUGGUGGUAUGUAUCCUGACAUACUCCAUGGUGAUUGACUUCAAGGGAAACAUUGACCUCGAUGAUUUUAUUGAUUACGAAGAAAUUGAACAGGAAAUGGAAAGUUACAACCCAGUACAAAUCGUGAAAUACAAAUCUCCGAUAGAUGAACGCCUCUUCAUCCCUUGGCCACCCGGUGUCAGCUAUAAUGAGUUUGAAUUCAAACAUUCCAAAAAUUUGAACAUGCUGAUGGGUAGACAACUUGAAGAUGGUGAUCGUCAGAGCAAGUACCAAACCUGUCACAAUGCUAAACAGAGUAAUGAAAGAACUAAAAGAUUUAACCAGAUAUGGGAAUCAGCUGACCGGAUGAUAUCGAGACAGGGACUGUGGGAUCCUGAAAGUGCCAUCUAUCGGGAUGUUCUGGAUGCACUCGCCACUGCUUGCAUCGUCAACGUGGAAGUCCUGGAUAGGGAGGAGUAUGAAAGUGGCACUGGAGACAAGUGGGUCGUCACUCUGGAGGGUGGCCAGAAGGCCAUGUUGAAAAUUGUUUGGGAAAGCAAGGGUGAUAUGAAGAAAGGCGGAUUGUGCAAUGACGGAUUUGAAAUGCCAACGUCAGAAAUAGCUGCCUUUCAUUUGCACAGAAUAUUAGGCUUCCACAAUGUUCCAAUCGUGGUCGGAAGAAGGUUGGAUUUGUUGAAGGACAUCCGCCCCAACGCAUCACCCGCAGUUGCCAGGCAAAUCAAAAUUACAGAAACGUUAGCUGGUAACGAGAGUUGUGUCCGUGGUUUCUGUUUGUACUGCAAGCAGGAGCACAGCCUCUGCCCACGCGACAACAUCAUAGAAGUUUCUCUGACCUACUGGGUGCCGAGAAGGUUGAAGUUGCACACCAAACCGGAUCUUUUUAUGCCAUAUUCCACGUCUCGCAUGGAAAAAUGGAGCGUGUACGGUUUCAACAACAAAACGUACUGCGACGAGGUUCGACAAACGAUUGAACCGUACGAAGAGGUCGGCAUGUACUUGGACCUCUUCGAUUUCUCAGUCCUCGAUACGCUCAUGUACCACUUCGACACGAAGCAUUACACGGUUGAUGACGGCUCGUCUGCACAUGGGCUGACCGUCAGAUUGGAUCACGGAAGAGCGUUCUGUGCAUACGACAAGCACGAGAAACAUAUCUUUCUGGCACCAGUCUAUCAAUGUUGCACAUUGAGAAAAAGUACUUACGAAAAUCUGUUAAAAUUAAGAGGAGGCAAACUGUCUGAGAUGAUGAAGGCAGCCUUGAAGUCUGAUCCUCUCGCUCCAAUUUUGAAAUCGGUCUGGUACACGGUGCUCGAUGAUCGCUUGCGAAUCAUUCUUGAAUUGAUCGAUAAAUGUAUUUCUAGAAAUGGAUCGAGACAAGUAUUAAUUGUAGGGAAAUGAAGCAUCAAUGUUCGAUCAACUUUUAGUAUAAUUUCUUUCAAUUGUAUGAAAAAUUUUUGAAUGUAUCUUCAAAAACCUGAUUUGAUUAUUAAAAUCUUACGUUACAAUAAAAAUUAUCCUAUGUAAUAAACAUAACAAUUGACCAACAGAAUAUCGUCCAACGACAAUUCUUAUUUUCAAUUAAGUUCGAAACCCUGACACAAAAAUUUAGCUGAAAGACUAACUUGACCCUCGAUACAUAUGAGUUUAUCGUAUAUGUGUUUAUCGUAUAUGUGUUUACCACCCCCAUCUGGUCGGCACACAAGAUGUCAUCCAAAUUGCAGAGUGUCAGAUGAACCGCCAACGAGCUGAUUCUUCCUGCACUACCAUCAUCAUUUGUAAAUCAUCAUGAGACCACCAUCUGAAACGUGCCGACUCUCACCACUGCCCGCCUCUCAUCAUUCUGUUGACAAAAUUUUUUAUAGCGUAGUAGUAAAUAAAUGUUCGAACAAAGGAACAAACGAAUAAAUAAUUGGUUUUGGUUGAUUGAUAAAGUGAAUGAAUGAAUGAAUUAAUCAAUUAAUGGUGAUAUCUUAAGAUGAAUAUCGAUGCUUUGAAAUGUUUGUGUUCAAUUGAACGAGCUUUUAACAUUUUUCAAUUAAUUUUUCAAAGAUUGGUGCUGCUUAUUUUUCAUGUUUCCCACUAUAUUUUAUACAUCUGUUAUAGGUUUAUAAAAUUCCAAGUUCAUUAAUUUUAAAAUUUUUGAAUUAUUUUGAAUGAAUUUU